UUAAACCUUCUUCCGAAAACUUGUUGAAAAAUUUUCCAGCCCUUUUCAGAUUGUUUUAGUUGCCGUAAGAAACAAUUCUUGGAGACGAAACGAUGGGUGGGGCAGCACAUAUGAUGAAGAGAAUCCCACGUAUCAAAUUUCCUCAGAGACACCCAAAACCUUCUUCUGGUUCCACGCAACAGGACUCACAACAAAUGAAAACUUCAACAACUGAUGAUGUUCCUCGAACAUUCUUUUCAAGAUCCCAAUCUAGCAUGCCUGUUGCAGGGAAGGCUUCUGACCAACCUAAAAGAACACCGGUGUCUCAGGAGGAAAUUGAGGCCAUUUUGUUGGGCGGCUGCAACUAAUUGAGGCGAAGAUUUGCAGACAGAGGACAUAGUUUUGACGCCUGGCUUACAUUUGGGCGAUUUCUUUUGCAAAUGAUGUUUUUGAUUAAUGAUUGUUAGACCUGGGAGGUUAAUGCAAUUGGCUUACUACCUCAUUCUAUUGUAAAGCAUUAUUGAACCCUUUGAUACACAAUGUAAACAUUUGCAGACUAUGCAAGAUAAAAUUCUGGUCA